GAUUUAAUCUCUAAACUUUGAUAUCUGACCAUUGGUUCUAUGUGAAAUGAUCAUUGUAUAAACGUUCUAUUCUUGUGCUCGCUCACCAAAGGACAGAAAUGGCUAGCUUGCGAGCGAUGGGAUUGGCGGGGUACAACCGUCUGUGCACCUCCAUUAUCGGAGCGACGCACCCCUGCACGAACUAAAUUUUGACGAAGUGACUGAUAGUUGGACUCAGACCUCACAGUCACAUCCAAUCCAACCCCACCUAAUACACAAACAAUAUACACAAUAUGGCGUCCGAGAAGAAAGUCGCAGAUAACAUGCUUUGGGGAGGUCGAUUCACCCAGGGCCUUGACCCGGUGAUGGAACAGUACAAUGCUUCUCUACCCUACGAUCGUCGUUUCUACACCCAAGAUAUUGCUGGGUCAAUUGCCUUCGCCCGUGCGAAUAUGAACAAUGGCAUUCUCACUGCCGACGAGUUCGCCGCAAUCGAGAAGGGUCUCGGAGAGGUCAAGAAAGAGUGGGCCAAUAACACCUUUGAGGUCAAGGCCAACGACGAGGACAUUCACACUGCCAACGAGAGACGAUUGGGCGAGAUCAUCGGCAAGGACAUUGCUGGAAAGCUGCACACCGGAAGGUCUAGGAACGACCAGGUCGCUACUGAUAUGCGAUUGUGGUUGAGGGAUGAGCUCCGGAAGAUUGAGAAGAUCUUGGAGGAUUUCGUCAAGGUUAACAUCGCUCGGGCGGAGAACGAGAUCGACGUUCUGAUUCCAGGAUACACACAUUUGCAGAAAGCACAGCCGGUUCGAUGGUCACACUGGGUUCUCUCGCACGCAACUGCCUUCGCCUCCGAGCUUGAGCGCCUCCGGGAGGUCAUCAAGCGGGUCAAUCGUUCACCACUCGGCUGCGGUGCACUCGCCGGUAACCCUUUCAACAUCGACCGCGAAGCCAUGGCCAAAGAACUCGGUUUUGAGGGACUCCUCUACAACUCUCUUAACGCUGUCGGUGACCGCGACUUCGUCUUUGAGACUCUCCAAUGGGGAUCCAGCUUCAUGCUGAAAAUCUCCCGCUGGGCGGAAGACCUGAUCAUCUACUCCUCUCUCGAGUUCGGUUUCGUGCGAUUGGCAGACGCCUACUCCACCGGCUCAUCCCUCAUGCCGCAGAAGAAGAACUCAGACUCGCUGGAGCUCCUCCGUGGAAAGUCCGGCCGAGCAUUCGGACAAAUGGCAGGCCUUUUCUGCACCAUCAAGGGUCUCCCGACGACCUACAACAAGGAUCUCCAGGAGUCCGUCGAGCCCCUGAUCGAUCACAUCAAGACGGUCAGCGACUCGAUCCUCAUCGCCACGGGCGUCCUCUCCACUCUCACCAUCUUCCCGGAGAAGAUGCACGCCGCGCUCACCCCGGAGAUGCUCGCAACCGAGUUCGCAGACUACCUCGUCAGGAAGGGCGUCCCCUUCCGCGAGGGCCACCAUAUCUCCGGCCGCGUCGUCGCGCUCGCAGAAAGCGAGGGGGUGCCUAUGGACAAGCUCAGCCUAGAGCAACUGAAGGGUAUCGAUGCCCGUCUCGGUGACGAUGUCGUAGAGUGUCUUGAUUACGAGAGGGCUGUUGAGUUGAAGAGCGCCAUUGGCGGCACUAGCAAGAGCGCGGUCAGGGAGCAGAUCGUCAUCUUGAAGAAGACCCUUGAAUCUAACUAAAGUGAUCUGUUUCGCUCAUGUUCACGAAUUGAUACGAGUUAUUCACCUGGGGUGUUUGUUGGCUAGGGACAAUGUUCGGUGUCGGGUUGCACAAUGUACACACAAGCAACGUUAUUAGAUUCUCAAACUUGUGGAAUUUAACUAUAGGAAGAAAAAAGGAAUAAGAGAAUAUGGAUACCCCUACACAUGGAAUGUUCCUCCAGCGUUCCCAAAUUGCUGCAAGACACGAAUGCAUGCGUGCCUCCAUCUU